UAUGUGACGUGUUGCAAGCGGGUUGAAAUCUCGGGAGCUGUCUGAAAGCAGCAGAGGAACAAACAGCGUGAAGAAGAUUUUAAAACGUACAUUGAGCAGACGGUGAUUCUGCACAAUUUCGCAACUUCGUAGCCUUCGAUUGUUUCAAGUUAUCUAACGACGAGAAACGUUUGCUGUAGCUUUUUUUCUCGUAACUUUGGGGAAGUUUGUCUGCACGGCUCGGAGUGCCCACAGCAGAAAGUCGAGUCGGUGGUCCGCAGUUGUUCUGCAGGAAUGUCGCAGAAAGAGAGACCCAAGUUUUACCGAGAGGAGGUCAACAAGACGAUAUGGGAAGUCCCGGAGCGCUACCAAACCCUGACCCCGGUGGGCUCUGGCGCAUACGGAUCCGUGUGUUCUGCAUAUGACAUGAAGACUGGUUUUAAGAUCGCUGUGAAGAAGCUCUCUCGGCCCUUCCAGUCCAUCAUCCAUGCCAAGAGAACAUACAGAGAGCUGCGGUUACUGAAGCACAUGAAACAUGAAAAUGUGAUUGGCCUCCUGGAUGUCUUCAGCCCUGCUACUAGUCUAAAAGAAUUCACUGAUGUGUAUUUUGUGACUCACUUAAUGGGGGCAGAUCUCAACAACAUAGUGAAAUGUCAGAAGCUCACAGACGACCACGUGCAGUUCCUCAUAUACCAGAUCCUCAGAGGGUUAAAGUAUAUCCACUCGGCAGACAUCAUUCACAGAGAUUUGAAACCUAGUAAUCUGGCGGUCAAUGAAGACUGUGAGCUGAAGAUCUUGGACUUUGGCUUGGCGCGGCACACUGACGAUGAGAUGACCGGCUACGUGGCCACCCGCUGGUACCGCGCCCCCGAGAUCAUGUUGAACUGGAUGCAUUACAACAUGACAGUGGAUAUCUGGUCAGUCGGCUGUAUAAUGGCAGAACUCCUCACUGGAAAAACUCUGUUUCCUGGGACUGACCACAUUGAUCAGUUGAAGCUAAUCAUGCUGCUCGUCGGAACACCAGGGCCCGAGCUCUUGAUGAAAAUAUCUUCAGAUUCUGCCAGGAACUACAUCAGCUCUUUGCCUCAAAUGCCCAAGAGGAACUUUGCUGAUGUGUUCAUUGGUGCCAAUCCACAAGCUGUGGACCUUCUGGAGAAAAUGCUGGUCCUGGACACAGACAAGCGGAUAACAGCAGCCGGAGCUCUGGCUCACCCGUACUUUGCUCAGUACCACGACCCGGACGAUGAGCCCGAGGCCAAGCCGUACGACCAGAGCUUUGAGACCCGCGAGCUGGUGAUUGUAGAAUGGAAACGAUUAACGUAUGAGGCGCUGUGUGAAUUUGAGCCACCACUCUAUGAUGAGGACGACAUGCAGUAAAGAGCUACCCACAUCGGGUCCAGCCUGCGACAACUCGUAACCACCUUGAACAUGAGCAUAAGUGAUAAACCAACCCUCAGACACACUUGUAUCAGAGUGCCUGCCAGCCUUUGUCGGUCUGUUUUAGCCAAGAAAACAUUGUCCACAAUUAGCUCCUGUAAGGAGAUUAUAAUCAGCGCAGGGAAAGGAAGAGCUUAUCAUUAAUCUUAUUUAUAAACCACUAAUGUUGAUGGUCUGUUGCUGGGCAAUGUCACUUCUUGCCAAUAGCUGAAAAUCAUUUUAUAUUCUUCAGAUAUUUUUUAAUUUAGACUUUGAUGACUUGUCACUGUGACACUGAGAUGCUGAAACACCUGGACCUAUAGCUGUGCUGUUUUGUGUUUUUAAAAUGUUCUAUUGAGUAACUUAUGAAAAAGCUCCUUUGUCCAUCAAUUGUAAAAGGGAUAUGCUAUUCUACCACUUGCCAUGCCAAGCUGUCACAUAUAGCACUGGGUCACAUGUAUUUGUAAACUUAUUCAGUUAUGGUAAUUGUUCAUAUAUUUAAAAUACAACUCGUAAGGGUUUCAUAUCUGUGACAGAAGUAGAUUUGUUUUUAGGAAUUUGAGAAUGUGCCUGUUUGUGUAGUCACUGACCUUCAGUGCUCACCAACUGAAUUUCACACAUUUUAAUGUUUAUUUUGAUAGUUUAGAUGCUCCGUGAGACUCUUACAGAUAUUUUGGCGAUACAGAAAAAACUGAGCCUCUGCUGUUUAAAGACCGUACUUUUCAACAAAGCACCUAAGUAGGAAAACAAUAUUCAAGGCUCUACUCAAUAUGAUGUAAAUAUCUGUGCGUUAUUUUUAAAGAAUCAGACUUAUUGUGCUUAUGUUAUAAAGCAAUCACUAGUAUGUACAUCAGUUAAAGAAUUUGUGUGCGUUUGCGAGAGUGUUUUGUUGGUUUACAGGAAAUGUAAGUGUCAUGCUAAAACCUAUAAUAGAAAUUCUGCAUUAAUGUGUAUGAGAGGGAUUUCAGACGUAUUUAUACUUUGUGGAGGUGAUAUUUAUAAAACAACAAUCGAAAGAUCCCUUAAACUAUUUUCAGUCCAGCAGAGUAACUACUAUCGUCAGUCCUUUGUUUAACAAAAUAAAGACUUAUUUUUAAGAGAC